GAUGGAGUUUUCAAGAUGAAUCUUUCUCCUGAUGGAGCUCUUCUGGCAGCUAUUCAUUUCUCAGGAAAACUGACGAUCUGGUCUAUUCCAUCUCUCAGGCAACAAGGAGAAUGGGAGCAAACUGAUCAGCCAGGUUAUGAUGAACUUAAUCCAGACUGGAGACUCUCUAGUGAAAAAAGAAAGAAAAUAAAAGAUAAGGAAUCCUAUUACCCAUUGAUAGAUGUAAAUUGGUGGGCAGACAAUUGUGUCAUCUUGGCUCGCUGCUCUGGUGCGCUGACUGUGUCAUCAGUCAAGACGUUAAGAAACUUGCUAGGAAAGUCAUGUGAAUGGUUUGAAAGUUCUCCUCAGGUCACUUCAGCUCACGAUGGAGGAUUUUUAAGUCUAGAGUGUGAGAUAAAACUUGUUCCAAAACGAUUACGCUUGGAGAGCAGGCCUGGUGAUGAAGAUGAGGGAGAAUAUGACUCUGAUUCAGAUGAUGAAACUUCUGCCAAGGAUAGAUACUUCAGCUACCUAAAGCAAGGCCUGUACUUUGUGACAGAAAUGGAACGAUUUGCUCCUCCACGGAAACGUCCACGUACUAUUACAAAGAAUUUCCGCCUUGUCAGUUUGAGAUCCACGACUCCAGAGGAACUCUACCAAAGAAAAAUUGAUAAUGAAGAAUAUGGGGAAGCUUUGUCUUUGGCUCAAGCAUAUGGGCUUGAUUCUGAUCUUGUGUAUCAAAGACAGUGGAGAAAGUCGACUGUUAAUGUUGCUUCAAUUCAAGACUACUUGAGCAAAAUUAAGAAGCGUGCAUGGGUUCUUCACGAGUGCUUGGAAAGAGUUCCGGAGAAUGUGGAUGCUGCUGAGAAGCUGCUUCAGUAUGGCUUGAAAGGCACAGACUUGGAGGCUUUUGUGGCCAUAGGAAAAGGAGAAGAUGGUGGCAGAUUUAUCUUACCAGGGGAAGUGGACACUGAAGUUCUCUAUGAAGACUUUCUGUCACCAGAUGAAGAAAUGGAUACUAGAAAGGAAAAAGAGGCCAAGAAGCGUCAAGAACUGCUAUUAUCAGUAAACUUUUCAAAGCUGACACUGGAACAAAAAGAACUCUGCCGUAGUAGGCUGAAGCUCUUAACUUACCUUGAUCGCCUCGAAACCUACAAGGAAAUCCUUGGAGGGCCUCAUGCAGCUGAACAGCACUAUGAUGCUGAAUUCUUCAAGAAGUUCAGAAAUCAGAAUAUUGUACUUUCAGCAAGAACUUAUGCUCGGGAAAGCAAUGUCAGAGCCCUGGAAAUUUUGUUCACUUUCCAUGGAUCAGCUUUACUUCCACACAGACAGGCAAUUCUCUCCAAUUUUCCAGAGACUACUUCACCACAUGAAUAUGCUUUCUUGUUGCCUGAAGCUUGUUACAAGAAGGGGACAUUGAGAAUUCUUCCUUGGAAUGAGCAGAAACAUCGUGAAGAAGACUGGUGUGAAAAAGCAGAAUGCAGGAAGAUUGUUGAACCGACUUCACAAGAUGAGGGUGAAUUUCUGUAUGAAACACAACCCGAGUUACUGAAGUACAGGACUACUGACCUUUCAGUAGAUCUCGUUACUGACUGGUAUUUGAGCAGAGCACAGGAAAUUGAAAAAUACGCGAUGCAGGUGGACUGCGCUCUGUCCCUUGUUCGUCUUGGCAUGGAGAGGAAUAUUCCUGGUCUGCAGGUGCUUUGUGACAAUCUGAUCACCCUUGAGACAGUGGUUUAUGAGACUGAUGGUGAUCGAACCUUAACUUUGAAGGAACUUGCAGAGAUGAAAGACAUUGAAAAGCUGAGACUGUUGAUGAAGAAUUCUUCUAAUGAAAAAUAUGUGAAGAAUGUUUAUCAGUGGAUGAUCCCUUUUCUCCACCGUUGUGAAAAUCAGUCCCCUGGUCUUGCAAAUUCACUUUUUAAAGAAUAUUUAGUAACAUUAGCAAAGGAAGACCUGACUCUACCUCUGAAGAUAUUUCAGAAUUCAAAACCUGCUUGUCAGCAAAAAAUUAUUCCUGAUCAAGAUCAGCUUAUGAUUACAGCAUUGGAAUGUAUUUAUAGUUGUGAACGAGAUGACCAGCUCGCUCUUUGUUACGAUAUUUUGGAGUGCCUUCCACAAAGAGGAUAUGGGCCUGAAACGGAUAAAACUGACACUCUUCACGAUGAUGUAGAUGAACUGGAGCGAAUUCUUAGUGUGUCAGAGCUGUUGGAGAAACAUGGACUUCAGAAACCUGUUUCCUUUGUGAAAGACACAAAGAACAAUGUGAAGGAGGCACGGAAGCUGAUGAUUAGGCUGACAAGGCACACAGGUCGCAAGCAACCAUCAGUCAGUGAGACACACUGGAAGGAAUUGCUCCAGGAUAUGUUAGACAUGCAGCAGAAAGUGUAUACAUGUUUACAUUCAGAUUCUUGCUAUGAGAUAUUCACGGAAAGUCUUUUAUGCUCAAGCAGUAUAGACAAUAUCCACUUGGCUGGUCAGAUGAUGCAUUGCAGUAUUUGGUCAGUGGAUCUACCAAGUUCAUCGAAAGGGAAGCCACAGUAUCGAGUCAGCUAUGCAAAAAGUAUUGAACUAGUUUUGGCUGCUAGCAGAGAAUAUUUCAAUUCUUCAACAAGUUUGACUGAUAGCUGUAUGGAUUUGGCAAG